CUGUGGCGAAAACAGCACGGUUUGGCCUCAUACGAACAGAACUUAUUCCCACAAAAUCCCCAUAAAUAUAUAUAAGGCCGACCGUAAACAAUCAAACAUCCGUCAAAUCCACAAAAUUUUGACUCUUUUCUUCCAAAUCGCGUCGUCACCUCUAGAUCUACUCUCUCUCUCUCUCUCUCCUCUGCAAGCGUAUCGCAAUGUCGGCGACGGAAUCAGGCGCCAAACCGAACGGGACGGAGGAGGUAAAAUUCUCAAACCCUAGCGUAGAAAUUGGGGCUAAUUCGAGCAACGGUAAUAAUAACGGUUUUCACUCAACCGACAAUGGCGCAAACAAUAUGCCACCGAAGUUGAAGAUCUUCGUAGGCUACGAUCCGCGCGAGGACCUCGCGUACGAGGUCUGCCGCUACUCGAUCCUCAAGCGAGCGUCGGUCCCGGUCGAGGUGGCGCCGAUCAAACAGUGCGAGUUGCGCCAGCGCAGCGUGUACUGGCGCGAGAGAGGGAAGCUCGAGAGCACCGAGUUUUCGUUCUCGCGGUUCUUGACGCCGUACCUGGCGAAUUACGAGGGUUGGGCGAUGUUUGUGGACUGCGAUUUCCUGUACUUGAGUGACAUUAAUGAAUUGUGUGAGGUAAUUGAUGAUAAGUAUGCUGUGAUGUGUGUCCAACAUGAUUACACGCCCAAGGAGAAAACGAAAAUGGAUGGGGCAGUGCAAACUGUGUACCCUAGGAAGAAUUGGUCUUCGAUGGUGUUGUAUAAUUGUGGGCACCCCAAGAAUAAGGUGUUGACGCCAGAGGUUGUGAAUUCAGAGUCGGGUGCGUUUUUGCACAGGUUCCAGUGGUUGGAUGAUGAGGAGAUCGGGGACGUUCCGUUUGUUUGGAACUUUCUUGUGGGGCAUAAUAAGGUUGUGGAAGGAGAUCCGGGUACGUUCCCUAAGGCGAUUCAUUAUACACUUGGGGGGCCGUGGUUUGAGGCGUGGAAAGAUUGUGAGUUCGGGGAUCUUUGGGUUAAGGAGAUGGAGGAGUACAAGAAGGCAGUGGAGAAAAAAGGGGAAUAAGUACAUGUAGCAGAUGAGAUAAAAAUGCAGUGGUUGGUUAAGGUAAUUGGUUUCCCUCAGUCUUCUAUUGGUCUGCUAGAUCUGUUCAGAUCCGCUCUUGGCAAAUCGGUUACCUGUAGUAUUUAAGUAGGCAUAUAAUAUAUCGGUUUUUUCUUCCUAUUGUUUGCUUUCAAUUGAUUUUAUAUUCAAUUGUAAUUCAUCAGCUGAGUGUAAUAGCUGAUUCAUUGAUCUGUAUCAAUUACGGGCAUAUGGGAUAGAUGGAUUUGUUCGUCCUAUUGUUUACUUGCAAUUAUUUCUCUAUCCGAUUGAAAUUUGUAAUAGCAGAUUCAUUUA